CUUCUUUAUAUAAAAGCAAAAAAACUCAAAACAUUCAAAACGAAAGAGAGAGAGAUAAUUAAUGGCGUUGGCGAAUAACUUAACGGCGAUACUGAACUUACUAGCGUUACUAUGUUCGAUACCGAUCACGGCUUCAGGUAUAUGGCUUGCCUCAAAGCCCGACAACGAGUGUGUCAAUCUCCUCCGUUGGCCUGUCGUGGUCCUCGGCGUUCUCAUCCUCGUUGUCUCUGCCUGCGGCUUCAUCGGCGCAUACCAGUACAAGGAGACUCUGCUAGCUGUUUACUUGUGUUGUAUGGCCAUACUUAUUGGACUCUUGCUUGUGGUUUUGAUAUUUGCCUUCGUCGUGACCCGACCCGAUGGGUCUUAUCAAGUUCCCGGUCGAGGUUACAAAGAGUAUAGGCUCGAAGGGUUCUCGAAUUGGCUGAGAGAGAACGUUGUUGAUUCAAAGAACUGGGGAAAGAUAAGGGCUUGUUUGGCUGACACUAACGUGUGUCCUAAACUCAGCCAACAAUUCAUCACCGCUGAUCAGUUCUUCUCUUCCUCUUCCAUCACUCCUCUCCAGUCAGGUUGCUGCAAACCACCGACCGCGUGUGGCUACAACUUCGUGAAUCCGACACUGUGGCAAAACCCAAACAAUAUGGCUGCAGACGCAGACUGUUACCUAUGGAGCAAUGAACAGAGCCAGCUUUGUUACAAUUGCAACUCAUGCAAAGCUGGUCUUUUGGGAAACCUUAGAAAAGAUUGGCGUAAAGCGAAUCUGAUACUUAUCAUUACUGUCGUUGUUCUCAUUUGGGUCUAUGUUAUUGCGUGUAGUGCAUUUAGGAAUGCUCAGACUGAAGAUCUCUUCCGAAAAUACAAACAAGGUUGGGUCUAAAGUGUAUUGAUUUGUUUGCAGUUGUUCAGAUUGUCGUAUUCGAACAUAGCUCAUGAUAUCUUACUUUUGUGUUUGGAAAGGGCUUUUCUUUUGUAAUGAUUAUGUUUUGAAAGAAAGAAAAGAUUAUCAAAAUAGUAGAUGAAUUAGGGUGAUAAAAUUUCGACUAUGUUCGCUCAAA